ACACCAGUAAAACACUUCCUGGUUGGAACGUAGAAGAAGAGCAGUUGAACCAGGCGGACCAACAAACCAGGCGCCGGCGACGAUGUUGGAGCAGAACCAACGAACUUCAGCUGGUUCGGAUGAGCGGUUCGGCUGAGAGAUGAGCUCGUUCGCGGGUCGGAUGCGGGAGUACCCCACCGUGUCUCUGGACCGGUUCGACAGGGAGAACCUGCACGCCCAGGCGUAUUUCCUCUCCCACUGUCAUAAAGACCACAUGAAGGGACUGAAGGGACCCCUGCUGAAGAGAAAGCUGCAGUUCAGCCGAACCGUCAGACUUUACUGCUCCUUCGUGACCAAAGAGCUGCUGCUGAACAACCCAAAGUACGCUUUCUGGGAGGAAUACGUGGUUGCGCUGGAGCUGGAAAGCCCGACUCAGAUCUCUCUGGUGGACGAAGCGUCUGGAGAGAAAGAAGAGGUUGUGGUGACGCUGCUCCCUGCAGGUCACUGUCCCGGAUCAGUCAUGUUCCUGUUUGAGGGUCGCCAAGGCAACGUGUUGUACACCGGGGACUUCCGCUUGGCGGCCGGAGACGCGUCCAGAAUGGAGCUUCUGCACUCUGGCAGCAGGGUCAAAGACAUCCAGAGUGUUUAUCUGGACUCCACUUUCUACGACCCGCGCUUCUACCAGAUCCCCAGCCGGGAGGUCUGCUUGAGAGGCAUUUCAGAGCUCAUCGGGAACUGGAUCAGCCAGAGUUCAUAUCACGUCGUGUGGCUCAACUGCAAGGCUGCGUACGGAUACGAAUACCUGUUCACCAACCUGGGAGACGAGUUCGGCACACAGAUCCACGUCAACAGCCUGGCCAUGUUCAAGAAGAUGCCUGAGAUCCUGAGCUACGUGACCACCGACCGCAGGACUCAGAUCCACGCCUGCCGACACCCAAAGGAUGAGGAGUUUUUCCAGGGCAACAGGCUGCCGUGUGGCUGCACGGCUGCAGACGGGACGCCGCUGCGCAUCAUCAGCAUCAAACCGUCCACCAUGUGGUUCGGAGAGAGAACCAAGAAGACCAACGUCAUCAUAAAAACAGGAAGCAGUUCCUACAGAGCCUGUUUCAGCUUCCACUCCUCCUACUCAGAGAUCAAGGACUUCCUGUCCUACCUGCGGCCCGUCAACAUCGUCCCGAGCGUCGUCCCGAUUGGACGCACGCUGGCCGAGGUCACGCACAUGUUGAGGCUGAUGUGCCGGAACCGGUCUGACGACGCGGCGAUCACAUACAAGCCGCUGGGAGUCCUGAAACGAAGCCGAGUCCAGCGGCCGGCCUACGACUCGGGCAGCGACGAUGACGAGCUGUUUGAAGGUUUGGAUCUGGCUCCGGUCAGGAAGAAGAUGAGCCUCAACCAAGAACCAGAAAACGAGACGCCAGCUGAGCGAACAGCGCCCCCGGUGGCCACGUCGUUACCUCCGCUGACCUCUGACCCGACGCCGGCUGCACAGAAUUACUUCGACUGCACCGAGUCCAACGGCGAGGACGACGAAGAGGAGGAGGAAGAGGAGGGAAAAGGAGACACGAGAACGGCAGAGGGGGGUGAAGAUGCGCCGAAAUGGGAGGAUUUCUUCACCACAGAGCCGCUGAGCGACAGCCAGAACAGCCAAUCGCAUUCCUGCUGCUCCCCCUCCAGAGAGACCGGAUCGCAGACGCCGGAUCUGUUCGGCGACGUCGAGGACCAAACGCCCGAGAACCUGGAGACCUUCAGCCUGACGCUGUCCAAUCAUUCCUCUCAGAACCUGGACGACACGCUGAUCCUCCCCCAACAGAACCCAAAGGCGGAACCGGAGGAGCUGCCGGCCUCGUCCGACUUCGACAUCCCGUCCACGCCGGAGUCAAAGGCGCCGCAGCCCGACGACCUGCUGCCGCUGUACAGGAAGCUGGCGUCAGGAGAGGAAGUGCUCAUCAGAGGAGGAGGAGGAGGUCCGGUUGAAGGACGGUAACUCCCACAUUGGGAGCUUAAAAUGUCGACAUUAUUGAGACCAAACAGGUUUUUCUGUAUUUCUCUUAGCUGUAAAUCGGACCUCAGACGGACAAAUGCAACAUCCAUUCCAGAACUUCAUUUAUUGCACAACCCACGAUCAAACAGCUUGUAGAACCACCUUCAGCAGCGGUAUCUCUCCGCUUUGGCCCGUUCUGCUUAGCAGCAUUUGUUCUGCCUAAAGGUCCCGGCGCAGCAGACCUAUCAGGACGACGUCCGGACUUUGACUAGGCCGUUGCAGCACCUUGGUUAAUCUAUUUUUCUGUUCUAGAUGUACUGCUGUUUGGUGGUGUUGUUCUGUCGGUGACCCGGUUCGAACCAAGCUCUAGCAGGGGUGUACUUGCUUUUUCCUGUUGAAAAUGUGCCUUUUAGGCCCUGGUUCUGUUUUAGCGCAUGGCGCUCCAGUCUGAGCGUUGUGGUUCUGGUUCUCUGCUCUAAAGGGAACCUCCAAACCGCUCAGACUCCUCCAGCUGGCGCUACGUUCGUUCCUGUCCUACAUGGACCCCCGCAGCUGUGCACAGACCACCUCUACAUUCCCGCUCAGCUGUGGUUUUCCUCCGCUGCGUUCUGCUGCUGAAAAUGUUCCCCUCAGCAGCCCCUCUGACUAGCUGCUGUUUUUUUUUUUUUUUUAUCUUUGCACAAAGACUCUGACGGUCUGUUUUGGUCUUUUUUUUUCUUUUGAAUUCAAAAGGAAAUUGUUGUUUUCUGGCUUCUCGUGUUGAAUAAACCAAGAGGAGGAUGAAAGUA